GUUUAAAAAAUACAAUUUAUCCAGAAAAAAAAAAAGUAAAAAAGCUCAAGGAUGGUUUUGUCAUAUUGGAUCACCGCCUUAACUAGCAAAAACCGUCUCCAUUCGUGAGGCGUUCAGUCAGCACCCGAACGAAGACCCAAGAUUUCAUUUCAAUCUUUGGGGAAUCUCUAUCUCUCUGUUUGUCUGAAUCAAAAGAGAAAAGAAUCCAAAGAUGCAGCGAUCAUCAAGCAGUUCCAGAGUCUCAGACGAGUUCUUCAUCAACUCAUCACCAUCCCAAUCACAGAGUUCGAAGCAACAAAGCUCAGAGACGGUUCCCUUGAACCCUCAAGAACUGCCCACAUACAAUCCCCUCUCACACCCCGCCAAGAAAGAAAGGUCUCGUCUUAGAUCUGCCGAGAACGCUAUCCACAUCAUCCCUCUCGUUCUCGUUCUUUGCGCUAUCAUUCUUUGGUUCUUUUCCAGCCCAGAAUCAAGGGUUUGAAGAUUAAUUGCAAAAUCAAGAGUCUUUGGUGCAUGGAGUAACUUACUUCAAAAUCGGAGCUGGGGAACUUAAUUCCACAAAGCAACCGGUGUGCAUAACCUGUGAGAUUAUCAAAGAGCGGGUGUAACUCACUUGCUUCUUGUCAAAGAGUUAUCGAGAUAUUCAUUUUCUUCUGAAAAACCAUUUUCAUUUUAUAGAAUGUAGAUGAUUUCAUCACUUUGUGAUAUUACAUAUAUACAGGAUGAAAAAUUAAAGCACUUAAAGACGGCAGAAGGAAGCUGUUUCCUUUGGGUUGGUUAUACAUUGUCAUGUUUAUGACAUGUAAAAUGGAUUUUACAAUUGGCUUGAAUGCUAAUAAGUUAAUGGUAUUUUGGGUUGAUGUUAAA